CGAAUAAUAAAAAGUGCCAGCGAGCGUCGACGCUGCACCACGCCCGCCACAAAUGUCUCUCGCCCGCCUAGGAGGCGCCCUCUCGCGCGCAAAGAGCUCGCCGCGCCCGCAAUGGCCGGCUGCGCAUGUCAAUGGCUGUGGCCGCGCCCUCUCAACGUCUCCCCUCCGCGGCGCCCGGGCCGACAAUGAGCUCAACUCGGUGUCCAAGCACAUCACGCAGCCCAAGUCGCAGGGCGCAUCACAGGCGAUGCUGUAUGCGACGGGCAUGAGCGAGGCGGACAUGGACAAGGCGCAGGUCGGCAUCAGCUCGGUCUGGUACAGCGGCAACCCGUGCAACAUGCACCUGAUGGACCUCAACCACAAGGUCCGCGAGGGCGUCGAGCGCGCGGGCCUGCUGGGCAUGCAGUUCAACACCAUUGGCGUCAGUGACGGCAUCUCCAUGGGCACCAAGGGCAUGCGCUACUCGCUGCAGUCGCGCGAGAUCAUCGCCGACUCGAUUGAGACGGUCAUGGGCGGCCAGUGGUACGACGCCAACAUCUCCAUCCCCGGCUGCGACAAGAACAUGCCUGGCGUCAUCAUGGCCAUGGGCCGCGUCAACCGGCCCUCGCUGAUGGUCUACGGCGGCACCAUCCAGCCCGGCUGCGCCAAGUCGCUCGGCGACGAGAGCAUCGACAUCGUCUCUGCCUUCCAGGCCUAUGGCCAGUUCAUCACCGGCGAGAUCACCGAGGACCAGCGCUUCGACAUCAUCCGCCACGCCUGCAACGGCCAGGGAGCCUGCGGCGGCAUGUACACGGCCAACACCAUGGCCACCGCCAUCGAGACCAUGGGCAUGUCGCUGCCCGGCUCGUCGUCGAACCCGGCCAACUCCAAGGCGAAGAUGCUCGAGUGUUUGGCUGCCGGCGGCGCCAUCAAGAACCUGCUCAAGGAGGACAUCCGCCCCUCGGACAUCCUGACCCGCCAGGCUUUUGAGAACGCCAUGGUCGUCAUCUCCAUCACCGGCGGCUCCACCAACGCCGUCUUGCACCUGAUCGCCAUCGCCGACAGCGUGGGCAUCAAACUGACCAUCGACGACUUCCAGAGCGUCUCCGACCGCAUCCCGCUGCUCGCCGACAUGAAGCCCUCGGGCAAGUACGUCAUGGCCGACAUCCACGACAUCGGCGGCACGCCCUCGCUGCUCAAGUUCCUGCUCAAGGAGGGCCUGCUCGACGGCAGCCAGAUGACCGUCACCGGCCAGACGCUGAAGCAGAACCUCGACAAGGUCAACGACUUCCCCGCCGACCAGAAGAUCAUCCGCCCGCUCUCCGCCCCGCUCAAGUCAACCGGCCAUCUGCAGAUCCUGCGUGGCUCGCUCGCACCUGGCGGCUGCGUGGGCAAGAUUACCGGCAAGGAAGGCACAGUCUUCACCGGCAAGGCCAAGUGCUACGAGGCCGAGGACGACUUCAUCAGCGCCCUUGAGCGCGGCGAGAUCAAAAAGGGCGAGAAGACGGUCGUCGUCAUCCGCUACGAGGGCCCCAAGGGCGGUCCAGGCAUGCCUGAGAUGCUGAAGCCCUCGUCUGCCAUCAUGGGCGCGGGACUCGGCAAGGACGUCGCCCUCAUCACCGACGGCCGCUUCUCCGGCGGCUCGCACGGCUUCCUCAUUGGCCACAUCGUGCCAGAGGCCCAGGAGGGCGGGCCGAUCGGCCUUGUUCGCGACGGCGACGAAAUCACCAUCGACUCAGAGAAGAACGAGCUCAACGUGCACGUCAGCGAGGCCGAGCUGGCCGAGCGCCGGAAGAGCUGGAAGGCGCCUGCGCUCAAGUACAGCAGGGGCACGCUCUUCAAGUACGCGCGCUUCGUCAAGGACGCGUCGCAGGGCUGCGUCACCGACUCGGCGUAGGUAUUCUGUCGCCCUUGUUUUUGUUAGUCUUGUAGCAUACUGUCUCACCUAUGGAAAAGUCGCUUCUGGAUCGCGCUAGGUACUGUUCGUCCGCAUUGCAAUAUCAAAACAAUUCAAAAAUACUCCACCCG